AUGGCGUUCACUCUUAUGACUAAAGAAGUAUUUGAUGAGCUUGAGAAACAAGGUAUUAUUAAUGGGAAAGGCUUCCAUUUAUCUGGAAGACUGCACCAUCACAUCAAGGACCUGCACAGUAUCAACAAAUUCAAGUGGCUAUCCACAGAUAUUAUUGAAGAACCGGUUUCCCGAUGGGACCUGCGGGAGAACAGCUGCAUGACACUUGUCUCAUGCAAGAGUGCCAAGAACUCGCAUAUUGUUCCUCCAGAUGAGGAUGUCAUUAUUGGAUUAUUUAAUGAGAAAAAGAAGACUUACUUUGGGCUUAAUGCUUCGAACCCAGGAGGGGGGUGGACUUCGCUGCCAAACGUGCGCCAUUUGAUGUUGCCGCAGUAA